ACGGAUAUACAGAGUCGCAUCAGAAUGUUUGAAAAUUGCGACCAACAGACAUCAACAGCAUCGACAUCUUCGACAUCAGCGCCGAUAGACAUUGUCGACGGUUUAGCAAGUGGCGAUUUUAAAAAUCAUAGCAGAAUCGAAGUUGACGAGCUUGGAAACGGUUGUGAUAUCAAAGAGAAAUUAGCCACAAUGAUGAUGCCAACGCCACCACCACCUCCACCACCGGGAGUACAAACAGACGCCAAUGGCCUGAUAUUACCAAAGAAAUUAAUAAAUCCCUGUCUGACGUCAACGGAUCGCAAACAGCUGCAUCGAGAAUUAAAAUUUAAUACAAAAAUGGGCAUCAGUGUUCUAAAUCAAAAGACAGAACUGCAGCGUGCCUACGAGAAACGGCAACAGCAUAAUAUGGAACAGCAGCCACCCUCACCCACCUACGGCCUUAAAAGUGAACUCAAUCGUGUGAUAAUGGAACGAGCUCAAAAGCAUGCACAAGCCCGCCUUCAAAAUCAGGAAAAUAACGAUGACGACAAGCAGUACGUCAAUCCGGAAUAUCUGAAUGCGAGAGCAAAACUGCGGGCGGGACAAAGGACUGAAUUGAAAUAAAAAAAUUCAAAAAAAAAAUUAAAAUUAAUUGUUUUUA